CGAGACACGACACUGCAUAAAUAAGACCGAAGAAGGACAUAACACAACAUAUACUAUUUCACACUCCUCCCCCUCUUCAGCCCCGAACUGAAACUUCCCUGUGCUCUCCCUCGGCAUUAUCGUCGCUUAUUUCCUCCACAGGCGUCGUCCGCCGUCGCUUGCUACCACAAAGAAUUUUAGCCAUCGCCGGAAUCAGUGUGAGGCCGUGUAUGACGUGAUGCUCUGUGUUGUCAUGGAUGGCUUGAAGGGCUGAAACGAGGGUGAUGAGCGGAGAAGCCCGGGAAAUUGAUGCUAAGGUCAACGGGGACUGCAUAAUCCGCAGCCUGAAGAGCGUGAGUGAAACAUAGCGCUUUCUUGAUCUUCAGUGAUGGCUUUGGCCUCUGCUUUUCUCAGGCCUUUCGUUACUCCAGUCGCUAUUGAUCUCCACGCGAAGACUACAACUGCUGGCUAUGCGUGGGAGAGAUUGGGAUUUAACAAGUCGCCCAGUUCGAAGUCAAACCGACUGAAGGUGUUCACACUGAAUUGUUCAAUAGAUAGGGAUACAAAUGUGAGCACAUCGAUUUUGGCGGACAGUAUUACAGAGUGCCCAAGUGAAGAACGGACCAGCGAGCCUUCCCUUUCUACAGUUUUACUGAAUUUCGAUAAUGAGUUUGAUCCUUAUGGAGCAAUGAGUACGCCAAUUUACCAAACUGCUACUUUUAAGCAGCCUUCUGCAACAAAAAAUGGCCCUUAUGACUAUACUAGAAGUGGAAAUCCUACCCGAGAUGUUUUGGAAAGGUUACUCGCGAAGCUUGACAAAGCAGAUAGAGCCUUUUGCUUCAGCAGUGGAAUGGCUGCUCUGAAUGCUGUUAGUCAGCUCGUUGGAACUGGUGAAGAAAUUGUUGCUGGAGAUGAUCUCUAUGGUGGUUCAGAUAGACUAUUGUCCCAAAUAAUUCCAAAGUCUGAAGUCAUAGUGAAACAAGUAAAUGCAAGUAAUCUAGAGGAGGUGGCCUCUGCUAUUGGACCUUGGACUAAGUUGGUGUGGGUAGAGAAUCCCACCAAUCCUCAGAUACAAAUACCUGAUAUUCGAAAAAUGGCAGAGAUGGCUCAUGCACAUGGUGCUCUUCUAUUGGUAGACAAUACCAUGAUGUCUCCUGUCUUGUGUCAGCCAUUGGAACUUGGAGCAGAUAUUGUCAUGCAUUCAGCUACCAAAUUUAUUGGCGGACAUAGUGCUAUCAUUGCUGGCGUCCUUGCCGUGAAAUGUGAAAGGUUGGCAAAAGAGUUGUAUUUAUUACAAAAUGCAGCGGGUUCAGGCUUAGCUCCAUUUGACUGUUGGCUCUGUCUGCAAGAGAUCAAAACAAUGGAACUGCGAGUUGAGAAGCAACAGGAGAGUGCGCAAAAGAUUGCUGAGUUUCUGGCCUCCCAUCCUCGAGUUAAGAAAGUAAACUAUGCUGGUCUUCCUAGUCAUCCUGGACAUCACCUGCACUACUCUCAGGCAAAGGGCGCAGGAUCUGUGCUUAGCUUUUUGACAGGCUCAGUGGCAUUCUCAAAGCAUGUAGUUGAAAAUGCCAAAUACUUUAGCGUAGCUGUCAGUUUUGGGAGUGUAAAGUCCCUCAUAAGCAUGCCCUGCUUUAUGACCCAUGCCGGCAUACCUGCCGCAGUCCGUGAGGCCAGAGGUUUAACUGAAGAUCUUGUGCGUAUUUCUGUAGGAAUUGAGGAUGUUAAUGAUCUUAUUGCUAGUCUAGACAAGGCACUCUCAUCUGGGCCUCUCUAAUUCCUUGUCAAUAUUUCCAUCGUUGAUGGGUUGUUUGCUUCAGAUAAUAUGACAGUAUUGUUUUGAUUAAUAAAGUGGCCUCUCUUCUGCUCCAAAAAAGAAAAAAAAAAAUACGAUGGUAUUGUUUUGAUCUUGAUUUAGGUAGUCCUGUGUUAUCCUGAUUCCUUUUCUGUUUCUGUUAUCUAUUUGUAUUAGCCUGGGAAGUGGGAAAACUCCAGCUGUAUGUAUUCAUAUAGAUGCUUGGUAUAAGCUUAAGGCAAGGCAUUUUUAUGACC